GAUUAACCGGACUAACGAGCUCUAAAUAAACAAGGUCGUAUGCAAGGAACUUUGGUCGCACGGUUAGCAACUUUACGACUACUUGGUAUUUGGUAGCAAGUACUUGGGCAGACGUAUUGGUUGAUUGUAUUAUGAUACUAUGUGUGCAGUGUGCCGGCCUAGCUAAGUUUUUGUAAUUUUAUUUGAUUUCUGAUCUUCAAUCGCACAACAUUAAAUCUGUAAUUAUUUUUUAUAAAUAAUAUUUUUAUUUUUACUUUAUUUUAUUUUAUUGUUCAAUAAUAUUAUCGUACACAAUAUGGAAGGAAAAAACAAAUUAGUAAAUCCCUUCUACCGGCCAUGGAUGACUACAUAUGGAGCUGCUGCACCGGCUGGAGGAUCAAACAAGGGAAUGAAGGGGAUAGUAGCUGGUAAGCAGUAACACACAUUAACAUAAUAAGAAACAUAUAUGUGAAAUAAUUACUAUAAAUCAUAAAUAUCAAUAUUUUUAAAUUGUUUGUAAUUUAUCUUGAUUUAAAUCUUGUAAGUUACUAAUUAGUGUUAACAAUAGACAGUAUAAUGUACAUGUUUUAAUAUUAUUUUUUGCCGUAUCAUCUAUAAUAAAUUUUAAGUUCUAGUACAAUAAAGUUUAACCUCUUACUUAUAGUUUAAGCAAAUUAACCAAAUUACUAUCUAUUUAUAUAUUAGUAUAUUAAUUUUAAUUAGGUAAUUAUAAUCUUAAUUAUAAAAAUAUUAUAAUUAAAAUUAAAGAAAAAAAUAAACCAAAUAACAAAAACAAUUUAAAUAUACUAAAUUAUAUAAAAAGCAGUUUAAAAAUAGUUUAGUUAUUUUUGAAAAUGUAAGUAUUUUCUAAAUAAUACACCUACCAUAUUAUGCAUAUUAUGUUAUGUACGUAUUCAGAUAUCCUAUGUUCCUAAUGAUGAUAUAAUUUAAGACUAAUUAAAACAUAGUAGGUAUGUAUUGCAUUUUUAGUAUAAAUAUUGUAAUAAAUAUAAAUUGUUAUUAAUUCAAAAUUGUUAUUAAUUCAAAAUUGUUAUGACUAACAUUUAUUUAUUUUUAAAUCUUCUAAAUUGAAUUUAAUUAAAAAAAACCUUGAUUAUACAUUUAUUUUAAAGGCAGAUGUGUUUUAGAUAAGAUUGUGUUAAAAUUGGAAUAUAAUUUUGUGUAUUUUUAUGUAUUUAUUUUAAUCUCAAUAAUUAAUUUUCUUAAUUUAUAAAUUAUCAGGCUUAAAAUUAAUGUUCAUUGUAAUUUAUAUUUUAUAGUAAAGUAAAGUAUUUAGGUUUUUAAUAAAUUGAUGUUACUUAGACGGUUAGACUCAUGUUUGAUAGUGAAAGUUUAUAUUUGUAACAAUGUUACAUAAUAUUAAAAAUAUUUGUAUAGGAUAAAAGCAAAGAAGAAAUAAAAGGUGAUGAUAUUCAGGUUUUACAUUUUGAUUGUGAUGUACUCGAUGAUGAAUUUUUAAUUCGAAAACCUGUCGUAUACACUUAUCUCAAUACUCCAGACCACAUUUAUUCUUGUAUUUAUUUUUAUACAUUUUUCAAUGUAUUUACGAGUAUUAACUAUUUGAAUAAUUUUGUUUUUACUUUAUUAUUUUAUUAGAAAUAAAAUAUUAAUAUCUUAAUAAAUUAUUAAUUAUAUUAACAUGUGUAUAUAUUCAAUUUGUGGUCAAUUAAAAUUAUUUAUCAUAUAGGUAUGUAUCAUCUAUAUGUAUGAUUAAAUAAAGUCAUUGAAAAAUAUCUGCAUUAGUUAAAUUACUUACCUAUGAUUUGUUGUUAACAUAUUUUUAAAAUUUGGUGUAUGACCUUAGGGUACUUAAUUUGUAUUGAAUUAGUAACCCAAACUAAUCAAUCACCUAUAUUAUUGUUAUUUUUAAAGUAUUAUAUCAUAUUUAUUAUUUCUCCGUUUAUUAUAAUAUGUUAAAUAUUUAAAAUUUGUAAUUAUUAAAUGUAUGUAUAUUCAAUGACAAAUUCAGGAUUUCUUAAUAGGGAAGGGGAAAACAAACAAAUCCAUAAUUACAUAAUUUUACAUGUUCAUCUGUUAAAAUUAAUUUCUUUAAUUAUAUUUAAAAAUAUACUAUUAAUUUAAUAAUUUAAUCAACAAAAUGUGAAAAUAAAAGAUAUACAUAUAACAUAAGGUAAUGAAAACAUAAAAUGAUUAUAAUAUAAAUAUAAAAAUAUAUGGUCAAUUGGGCCCUUUCAUGACUACACAGCUGAAUAUAGAUUCACUUAUGUAAGAUAUUUUUAAAUUGUAUACAUAAUAUGUAAAUGUACUCUUAAUACCUAUUAAUCUAAAAAAUAACAUUUUCCUAUUGUCAUAGUUUUACAUAUCUAUUGUAAUAUUGUAUAAGUAUAAGUAUAUUUUACUAAUAUUUAUGAUUAGUGAACAAGAAUUGAAAAACAAAUUGUAUGCUUUGAAAAAUGAAAAAUGCAUACAAUUGUAAUGAAAACAUGUCAAUCAAAAUGAUAAAAUACUUAUCUACCUUUAUGUACCUAUAAUCAAGGUUAUAAUAUUCGUAAUUUAUAAAUAAAUUUUGAACUGUAAAGAAAUUGUUAUAACACACUGUAUAAAUAAUUAUACGUUAUAAAAUAGUAUACUCAGUUUUAUUUACAGAUGACUAUAAAACUAUUUUUUUACUCAUAACAUAUAUUUAUUUUAUUCAAUAAUCAUUAAUUAAAUGUCAGCAUGUCCUUUUCUUUUAAUAAAUUCACAAGGUAUCUAGAACAUAAAGAAACUAAAAAACUAAAAUUAUGCUAAUAGUUGAAUUUAAUAAUAAAACAAGAUUUAAUUCUAUGAAUAUGCAUUAAGUAAACUACAAUUUUAUUCAUGAAAUUCUAAUAUUUAAACUAGAGAUUAAGAUUGCUAAAAUGCUUUAUUUUAGCAUGCAGAAUAGUUUAAAUAUUAGGUGAAUGGAUGAAAAUAUAUUUCCCAUUUGUAGAUAUUCAAAUUGUGUUUAUCAUAACAGUGAAUCAAACACUUAAAUGCACCAAAUUCUGUAUAGUAUUUAUAAGAUAUGAUCUUAAGCAUUAUGAGCCUAAUAUUAUUAUAGCAGAACUUUGGUACAUUUUUAGUGGAGAAAAACACAAUUAUCUAUAAUAUAUAUUAUUAUUUUGAUACCUACUUUGAUAUGUUUUGCCUUAAUUUUUUUUUUCAGUACAGACCUAAAUAUUUUUACUUAUUAUUAAUUACCAUAGGUUAGAUAAUCUAAUAAAAUAAGAUUUUUUUUUUUUACUGAUAACUGUAGAGUUGGUGCUUUGAACAUUUAAAAUAAUUAUUUUAGAUAAUCCUAUUUUCAUAACGAGUAUAACUAGUCUUUACAAAGGUCAUUGGUGUCGUAUACUUUUUAACCUUGAAUAAUAUUUCACAUACUUCAUUAAUUCACAUUUAGUAUUGACUUUUUAAUUACCUGUUUUAUGUAAUAAUAAUUGUACACUUAUGAAGUAAAAAAAAAGGAUGAUAUAGAAAUAAAUGUACAGAACUGUAUAUUAUAAAGUUGGAACAGAUUUAAAACUAAUAGAGAUUUGAACCUCGUUUAUUAUAAAAUCUGAUAAAAAAUGUGGGUAAUAUUACAAUUUUGCAAGGUUUACUAAAUAUAAUCCAUAUUACAAGCUUUUGUCUAGAAAACAAAAUUAUUGUGUACCUAUUUUAAUUAUGAAAGUAAAUGUUUUAUCACUUAUUAUAUUAGAUUAGUUUCAAUUUCUUCAAAAUUAUUUAUAGAUUAAUAUAAUUACAUAAGUGCUAUAGGAGAGAUUGUAAAAUCAUAAUUGAGAUUAAUCAGAGAUUAGAUUCAGUGUCUGAAUUUGGGAAAAAUUGAAAAUAGAUGCUGGCUUUAGAUUAGAAGUCAUUGUUCUAUACCAGAUAAAUAUUACAGUAACUCUUAGUGAACUUAUUUCUGAUGUCCCCUACACUCUAUAACUAUAAAAUUAAAUGAAUAAUUAAUUUCCAAAUAACAAAAUAAGAAACUAAUAUUAUAUUGACUUCAAAAAAGGAAGAGGUUCUGAAUUUUUUGUAUGUUUAUUUUUAAUCAUGUUUAUUCACACAUAAUUAUUAAAUAUAUAUCAAUUAUCUAUAUGAAUUUAUUUUAAAAUUGAAAUCCAAGAUAAACAUACCUAUUUAAAAAAAAAUAAGAACGGAUUUUAUUUAUUUUAGUAGAUUUAAUUAUUUAAGAAAUAUAGCUAUUUAUAUAUUAAUCAAAAUCAAACUAUUUUAGUUUAAAUACCUUUUAUUUACUUAAAAAUACUUUAUUUGUUUUAUAGGUGGUAUCACCGGAGGUAUAGAAAUUUGCAUUACUUAUCCUACAGAGUAUGUAAAAACCCAAAUGCAACUUGAUGAAAAAGUUGGUGCUAAAAAAUAUAAUGGUAUAAUGGACUGUAUCAAAAAGACAGUCAAAGGUCAUGGUAUAUUUGGUCUUUAUCGCGGACUUAGUGUAUUACUUUAUGGAUCCAUUCCAAAAUCAGCGGUUAGGUAAAUUAAAAAAAAAAAACUUAAUAAGUUAUUUAUACAGGUUAGUCUAUUAAUUUUUUUAUAAUAACAAUAUAAUUAGGUUUGGAGCAUUUGAAGCACUUAGCACUCAAAUAACAGGAGGUAAUGGGGAAUUAACAGCUACUCAACGAGUGUUGUGUGGUCUUGGUGCAGGCGUUUCUGAAGCUAUACUUGCAGUCACUCCAAUGGAAACUGUGAAAGUGAAAUUCAUUAAUGAUCAGCGACUAGAAAAACCCAGGUUCAAAGGAUUUUUCCACGGAACUAGUAUUAUUAUCAAAGAGCAAGGUUAUUUAUAAUUCAAAAUAUUAUUUUAUUGAUACAUCUAUAUUCUAUAGUUUUUUAGAUAAUAUAUUUUUUUUAAAAAGAUUAAAUUCGUUUAGGUAAUUUUAAAGAUAAUUCACAGGUACUUGAAUUUAACACAGUUUAACCUAUUAUUAAUAUCUAAUUCAUUUUUUUUCUCACCUAUUUAUAUGUUAUUCAAAAUUGUUAAUAGCAUCAUGUUAGUUAAGUAUUGUGUGUGUAUAUUUUGUUCUGAUAAUAAAAUUAAUGCCAAAUAAAAAUAAAUAUUAACUGGCUGCUUAAUGUGAUUGAUUUGAACAAAAAAUAUUAUUGGAAUGCAGAAGAAAAUGCAUAUCUUAUUUAUCUCAUUUGUCUUUUAAAUUUGUUAAUUAAUAAAAUUAAUUUCUUUUUUUCUUCUUAUGAAACUUAUAAAUAAACAAGUGCAGAAUGUUAAACAUUUAGCACUAUUUUUAUUUUAUUUUUUGUUUAUAAAUCACAAAAUAAAAUCAGUUUGUCUUUAUCUUCACAUGAAAUGGGCAAGUAAAUUAUUAAUGAUAGGUUGCAAAUUUAAGUAAAGUGUUUUAUUUUAAACUUGUAAGUACUUUGAAAUCUAAUUUUUAUAAUCUGGCCUUAACUCGUAAAGAUGUUAUAGUUGGUAAUUGUUUUUGAUAAAACUAUCCACAAGUUAAUGGAAUUAAUAUAUUAUUCAUUUGUAUAGGCAUAAGUGGUGUUUAUCAAGGACUGAUGCCAACUAUAUUAAAACAAGGUACAAAUCAAGCAAUUCGAUUUUAUGUAAUGGGAGCAUUAAAAAAUCUCUACAAGGGUGAUGAUCCCAACAAACCUGUACCUAAAUUAUUAGUUGGAGUUUUUGGUAUGGCGGCUGGUGCUGCUAGUGUUUAUGGAAAUACACCACUAGAUGUUGUUAAGACACGUAUGCAAGGAUUGGAAGCUAAAAAAUAUAAGAGCACAGUUGACUGCAUGGUUCAAAUAUGGAAAAAUGAAGGACCCACAGCGUAAGAAAUAAUUUUUAUUUUAUAAAUAUAGUAAUCAACUAUGAAAAUUUAAUUAUAAUUAAAAAUAAAUAAAUAUGUUAAAUUUAUAAACAAGAAAUUGUAUACAGUUUUUAAUAAUGUUAUAGAUAUAGGUAAGAUAUGAAAUAAUACAAAUUAACUAACAAGAAAAUUAUAAUAAAAAUAAAAAUGUAUUGUAUAUGUUUCACUUAUCAUUUUGCGAUUUUGUGAUUUAUGAAAUAAUUUCCAUUAUGAUUAUAAUUCUUACUAUCUUUUGUUUAAAAAUAAAAAAAAUUCUUUGUCGUAUAUUUUAUUUUCAAAAAUGUUUAAUCCUUUUUUUUUUUUAACAAUAAUUUUUGUUUUAGGUUUUACAAAGGUACAGUACCUCGGCUAAGCAGAGUGUGUUUGGAUGUGGGAAUAACUUUCAUGAUUUACGAUUCCUUUAUGGACCUAUUCAAUAAAGUAUGGCCUUGAAUAGAUAAUAUAAAUCAAUGAAUAAACUUUAUUAAAUAACCUUGAUAUAAGUAAAAAGUAUACUGUGUAACUAUUUUUUUGUGAACGAAUACACAGUAAUUGCACAUAUCUUUUAUUUAAUUAUCGAUAACUUAAUCAAUCUUCCGUAAACUAUACUUUUUAAAUGUUUUUAUUUUUAUUAUUAUUAUUAUUAUUAUUAUUUAAAUGUUACAAAUGGGAAAUAAAACAAUUAUAAACAUGUUUAUUUUUAUAUAUUAUACUCGUUAAAAGAAAAUUUUUAUUGGAAAUUUUACAUUCCAAAUUGAAUGCACACAUUUUUUAAUAUAUUCUAUUAUUGUUUUCAUAUAUUAUAUUUUUUAUGUUACAACAUAGUUGAUUUUUUUUGGUUUAUCAUUCAAAUUUCAAUGUAUAUGUUUAAAUGUAUUAAUAUUUUAAUUAAUUAUAUAUUUAUGUAUUUUUUUUUUUGUUUUGUUUAUGUUUAUUGUUCACAUUAAUUUAAUUAUACGUAUUCGUUCAUAAUAUGUCUAUUUAUACUUUAGAUUUUAUAUUAGUAAUAUUUAUAUUUCAAGCCAUACAUCAAGAUUAAUAAUUGCUUUUUUUUAUUAAGUUUGAAGACAAUAAUUCGAAAUGUUGUUACCUACAUUAUUGUAGCUAUAUAACUGUAUUCAAAUGAUUAUAUUAUAUUUUUGUACAAAUUCUGAG